GCGGGACGGCCCUCCGUCUCCGCAGCACCGCCCACCCGCCCAAUUAGCAGCCCGUGGGUGGAGAAACGCAAUCAGAAGUGACUACAGCUGUCCCACAGUGUCCUCUCCCAGUCUGCCCCAGACUCCGCACAGACACACACAACCCCUGAGACGGGAAGGUGAGGGUUCCACAACCAACAUGACUGAACGCUACGACUGCCACUACUGCAAGGAGUCCCUGUUUGGAAAGAAGUAUGUCCUGAGAGAGGAGAACCCCUACUGUGUGAAAUGCUAUGAAAGCCUCUACUCCAACUCCUGUGAGGAGUGCAAAAAGUCUAUUGGCUGCAACACCAGGGACCUGUCCUAUAAGGACCGCCACUGGCACGAGGACUGCUUCGCAUGCUUCCAAUGCAAGCGCCCCCUGGUGGACAAGCCCUUCUCAACCAAGGAUGAACAGCUGCUGUGCACCGAGUGCUAUUCCAAUGAAUACUCCUCCAAGUGCCAUGAUUGCAAGAAGACCAUCAUGCCAGGCUCCAGGAAGAUGGAGCACAAGGGUAACAGCUGGCACGAGACUUGCUUCACCUGCCAGAGAUGUCAGCAGCCCAUCGGCACCAAGAGCUUCAUCCCCAAGGAGAACCAGAACUUCUGUGUGCCCUGCUACGAGAAGCAGUUUGCCAUGCAGUGUGUGCACUGCAAGAAGCCCAUCACCACCGGUGGGGUGACCUACCGUGAGCAGCCAUGGCACAAGGACUGCUUCCUGUGCACCAGCUGCAAGCAGCAGCUCUCUGGCCAACGCUUCACCUCCCGGGAUGACUUUGCCUACUGCCUCAACUGCUUCUGCAACCUGUAUGCUAAGAAGUGUGCCUCCUGCACUACCCCCAUCAGCGGGCUCGGAGGCAGUAAGUACAUCUCCUUUGAGGAACGCCAGUGGCACAACGACUGCUUCAACUGCAAGAAGUGCUCCGUGUCUCUUGUCGGUCGCGGUUUCCUGACCGAACGUGAUGACAUCCUAUGCCCUGAAUGCGGAAAGGACAUCUGAACUGACCUAGGGCGUGUAAGAGAUGGGGAGUGUCUGUUUAGAUGACCAUAUAAUGACGCAGGAACAAUGAAGGUACAUUCUAUCUGAACAAAGCUUAUUUACUUUCUGCUAUUGUCAAUGUACAGUAUAUAUGAGCUACUAGAAUUAACCUAAUUUAAGUUAAGCAUAGCCUUUAUUUUAAGAUGAGAUUUGAGUGCAUGAAUACAAUACACUGCGAAUCAAAAACGAGCUUAUAAAAAUAGAAGUUAGAAAUAAAUGAAUGUGCUUUAAAAAAGGUAUUCCUCUGUGUUGCCCUUAGGAGAAUAUGGAAGAUUUGCAAAUGUAUGCUUUUCAGUAAAGACAGAUGUUGAAUGGCUAAUGCUCUCUGCAUGCAGCAACUUGAUACUGUGUUGAUGAAUUUAUGACUUGAAUUUGCAUGACUGCUGUUAUAAUCAAUAAAAAAUAUAUAUAU